AUGUCGGCGGCCAAGCAGAAGGCGCAGCAGAUCAUCGCGCAGAACCCGGUCGUGGUGUUUUCCAAGUCCUACUGUCCAUACUGUCGGGCGACCAAGAGUCUGCUGUCGGAGAAGCACGCAAAGUACUAUCUGUUGGAGUUGGACGAAGUCGAUGACGGCGCCGCAAUCCAAGAUGCCCUCGAGGAAAUCACCGGCCAGCGCAGCGUGCCCAACAUCUUCAUCGCGCAGAAACAUAUCGGCGGCAACUCGGACCUUCAGGCCAAAAAGGGCGAGCUGGACGGUCUGUUGAAGAGUGCCGGUGCCAUCUAG